AUGGAAAUUGAAGGGUCCCUGAAAGCAAGCCAUGAGGCUGCGGGUGAUGGCAGCAUGGUGGUCAAUUUGGACAGUUUCGCCCCCAUCCCAGGCAACAGGACGGGGCCGAAACUUGCUGCAGAUGGUCAUACCAUCCUCAUUCCCCAACCGAGGGACGACGCGAGCGAUCCGCUCAACUGGAGCGCGUUCAAGAAGCACGCUAUCCUGCUCUGCAUUGCCUUUGGUUCCUUUGCAGGAGACUUUGGCAUGGCAAUUGGGAUUCCUGCCGGCACUUUGCAGAGCGAGGAAUGGAGGGUGUCGGCCUCGGUAGUUAACGAACCCAACAAUCUCGCCGUUCUGAUGAUCGGUAUUUCAUCAUUGCUCUGGGUUCCACUCCUCUCCUCCUGGGGUCGUGCGCCCGUUCUCUUCUGGAGCACUGUGAUGGGCCUUUUUUUCACCCUCGGAUGUCUUCUGGCACCGAACUUCCAUACCUACUAUGCCAUGCGUGCCUUGCAGGGCCUCACCCAAGGUACUGGGUCGUCCAUCGGGCUGCAGCUCAUUCAGGACAUGUUUUUCUUCCAUGAACACUCCCGCAAGAUCGGUCUUUGGUAUGGUAUUUUCCUGGUCUCGCCAUUUGCAGGGCCCAUGUUUGGCAACUUCAUGGUGGCAGGACUGGGCGCAUGGAGACCUUUGUUCUGGCUGGUCUUUGCUUGGUCGGCCUGUCUCACAGCUAUGAUCGUGGUGUUUGCCGAUGAAUCUUUCUACAAUCGUGAAAUCGCAGAUGAGAAGCAACCCAACCGCCCUAUGCACACUGUGGCGCGCCUCUCGCGCGUGGUGGGCUGGUGGCAGCUUGAACAUCACCGAGACUACUACAGCCCCAUUCUUCCUUCUUACCUUCGCCUCUUCAAGGUUGCCCUUCAGCCUAUCGUUCUUCUUGUGGUAUUAGCCUACAGCCUUCUUUUUAUGUGGAGUAUUGGCAUUAACCAGAGCUCCGCUCUGCUGCUAGAACUUCCUCAAGCGUCUGGGGGGUACGGCAUGUCGGCACGAGCAAUUGGCUACAUCUACUUCAGUCCGGUUGUGUCGGUCUUUCUGGGGUGGUGGGCAGGUCAUUUUCUCAACGACUAUGCAACGGUGCAGUACACGAAGCGACACCAGGGACGAUUCGUUCCCGAGGCCCAGCUGUGGGUUGCCUACUUGGCGGCUUUGGUGAUGAUCCCCGGCAUUGUCUUGGUCGGGAUCACGCUGCAGCGACAUCUCCACUGGGUUGGAAUUUUGUUUGGCUGGGGCAUGUUCCAGGGUGGAGUGAUGAUCGUGUCGGUAGUCAUGGCCGCCUACGGACUGAACUGCUGUCCUGCUUCGUCUGGAGAAGUCUCGGCCUUCCUAAACCUGGGCCGGGCAGUAUGCGGAUUCGUUGUAGGCUACUUCCAGCAGCCCUGGGGCCUCAAAGAGGGAUACGAUGUCUCGUUUGGCCUUCAGGCAGUGGUCACAGUGGUGGGAUUUCUCGCUGUGGGAUGCAUCCAGGCUUUUGGUGCCAGACUUCGGCGAGUGUCCUUGUGCAUGGGCUCUCCAUAG